AUAAAGUUGUUUGUAUAUUUCAAGUUAUAAAAAAUAACUCACGAAAAUAUAUUUCUUUUUCCAUAAAAGUUUCUCAUAUCAUUCAUAUCUGCAAACUUUUUUCAAUAACAUGUUGAAGCAUGGCUUCAUUCUUUUUGUGUGAAUGUGCGCAAAAAAGACUGGGUUAAAACAUUAACAUGCGUAAUUAUGCAUGUGACGUAGAGCAAUUCAGAAAGAAAGACAGAGCAAGCGAAAUAUAGAGAACACCCUUAGCAAUGUAAUGUAAGUUUUUUAGUAGGAAGCAAAUAAGUUUUUAUUGCAUGAGAAAACGAUUUUAUAUUUCGUAACGUAAAUAAAAUGUCUUCGAACUUUACUGUUAUUGGAUUUCAGUACGAACCAGAAAGGUCAGAGGCAGAAAUAGCGGCACAGCCGAGGCCUGUAUAUAACGACGACGGCAAUGACCAAGUACUUCCAUGCGAAAAUUCUAGGUUGAAUAAACCUGUUAAUGAAUGGUGCCGAUGUGGGAAUUGCGAGAGAAUGCCGACGGGCAAAGAAUGUCUAUGCUGUGUUGAUGUGGAUGCGAUAAAAUACUUUCAUCUCAACGAACAAGAAUGCAUUACUCAACACCCUCAUUUUUAUUGGGUUGUCCUACUCAAGGACGCUCUUUGGACUGCCUUAGUUGCUCUUCACGACCGGGAAAGUCGCGGUAUACCAGAACGCGACAAUGUACCAAAUAGGUCUUAUAGAUAUGCUGCCUAUCGUCAGUUUUGCUGGUUCGUACACAACAAACUAGGAAGAGGUGUGAGACGGGUUAUACCAGCAUGCGUUGUUUCCCGUAUUAGGAAGGAAUACCCGAGCACAGAUGGCCAAUACACUGGGUUUCGAGGUGAUGAUGAAGGGGGAGAAGUGGCAGAAAUGGAUUUGUUGUGGACAGAGGAUGAGUAAUCAUCCGGAAAAUCUGUUUUAUAUAUAUAUGUACAAUGAUAGUUAUUUACAAUUAGUUUUAUAUUUACGUUUUUACAAUUUUAUUCGCUUAUAUUUUGUAGAUUUUUCAAUUAUUUCUGCACGUGCAGGUCUAUCAUCAGGAGCAAUUUUCAAUGGAAGUUGACGCUUCAGCCGACUUCGUUUCGAAGCUUUCCUUUUGACUUCAGCUCGUUUCAAUAUUUUCCUUGUAAUAUGCGAUAGGUAACUAUAGUCUUUAUCGACUUUCACAACCUUUGCCACAAAUCGUUUGUUGGGCUUUGAAUAUGCCACCUUGAAAAGAGGGGUUUCUACGCCUUCCUCGUCGACUUUGCAUUUCUAAAUGAGAAAAAGACUUAUUGACAUUACGAACAAAUUAUAUAAGAACAUGUGCGAUCCCGUACCCAGCGCUUCUUGCCUGCGCUGGUACGAGGUUGAGAACAUUUUUGUGUUACAACGUUUAAAUAACGCUGUUUGUCUAUGAAAUGAUAGUUACCUGUUCUCUGUCGAUGUUGUGGUUGUGAUCCAAAAUGGCAAGCUGUGUUCCAGCCAACAUCUUCUCCAUUUUGAAAAAUAUGGACUUAUAUAGAAGUGGUUAGAAUUAAAGCAAAAAAAUGUGACACCGGGAACUAAAAUGUUAUUUGCCCUAUUUAGUAUGGACUUUUUUAUGCCGUGAAAGUGUAUAUAUCCUGAAUAUCCUGACAAAUUCAUAUCUUUAUGACAUGAAACUUGCAGCAGUUGUAUAUAUAUGAGACAAAAAGAAUAAUUUAGCAAAUUUUUUUUCUUGCUGAUGUCAGAAUUUUAGUGUCACGUGAUUAGUAAAUUAAAAAAUUCAGGAAAUUUAUGUGAUGUUUGGGAGCGUUCCAAGCAAUAUUUUUUGUUUUUCUGUUAGUAAUGUUUAAAAACAUCCAUUUUUUUGCAUAUGAAAAUGGAUGAAUGGAUAUACAGUCAAAUUUCUGAAAUAUAUCGCAUUAGAAAAUGUAAAAAUCAGGAGCAAAUUUUAAAGGUGGCGGAAGUUAACCAAAAUUUGAA